AUGUCUACUGUUACACAAAAAUCAAUCACUUACGUUAAUAAUACUACGGCUCCAACCAUUACCACCAAGGAAAUCGAUUUGGAUACUUGUUAUAAUGACAAUGAAAUUGUCAUUAAAGUUCAUGCUGCUUCAAUUAACCCAGUAGAUGGGUUGACUUAUUCUGCUUGCAAUUAUUUUGUAGGUGGUAGUUCUUUAAAGACAUUUGGUAGAGAUUUUGCCGGUGUAAUUGUUAGACGUGGUAAAGAUGUUAAUAUUAAAUGGCAAUUAAAUAAGAAAGUUAAUGGACAAUUUAAACAUGUAUGGGGUGAAAAGGGUUCUUUCACCAACUAUUUCGUUUGUAACCCUGAAGAAGUUAGAUCAAUUAAUACUUUUGAAACAAGGGAUGACGACAAAUCUUCAAAGAAAUAUAAUGAUUUUAUUAUAAAUGGUGCGUGGCCUUUAGUUUUCGGUACAGGUUAUUCUGCUUUACAUGAAAAGGGACAAGUUUGGACUCCAGAAUCAAAAAUCCUGGUCAUUGGUGCUUCGACUUCUGUUGCUUUAGCUUGUGUUAACAUUGCUAAAAAGAUCUUAAAUAUUGGUACUGUCGUGGGUAUUUGCAAUUCAAAGGCAAUUGAACAUAAUAAAGAAAGAGGAUUCGAUCAUUUGAUUGCUUAUAAUGAUCCUGAACAUUCUACUGUUGAAUCUAUUCAAUCUUUAAUUAAAAACGAAUUGGGAGGUGAAAAAUUCGAUUUAAUCUUUGAUGCUGUUGGUAGUAGUGAAUUCUUCCCUGUAAUGGAUACUGUAUUAAAACCAAAAUCUACCAAUUCUCAAUAUAUUACUAUUGCUGGUGAUGCUGUAAUGGAUUUUACUAAUAAAUCAAUGCUCGGUAACUUCCAAUUGGGUCCAAUUAAAAGAAAAUUAAAUCCAUUUAAAAAAUUCAAUUAUGAUUUUACAAUGCUAGAUAAUUUAUUUACUUAUAUGGAAUUAGGUGCUACUAUGAUUGCUGAUGGAACUUAUUCACCUGAAAUUGAUUCUGUUUACAAAUUUGAUGAUUUCAAAAUUGCCUUUGAUAGAGUGGAUACUCAUUUGGCUAAAGGUAAAGUUGUCCUAGACAUGUCUGACAUUUAA